CCAUUCUCAUGUCAUCACAUUCUCAUGACAUCACACUCUGAUGUCAUCAGCUUUCCUUUUAUGUUGGCUUUGAAGUUUUCAUCCUUUGACAUACGAUUCUUAUGAAUAGACCAACACAUUUAAAUCUCACACACUUGCUGAUAUUGCUAGCUGACUGGUUACCAGUUGAAUAUUAACAAUCGACGAGGUCGACUGCAUAAUUCACAUCCCAAUGGGACAAGCGUUAUUGUUACCAAGCUCUACGGAGCUGGUGACCAAAUUCCUAAAGAUCGAAAAAGACUGGGAGGAAAAAUACGAGGCUCUGACGGAGCUCUCAGAAAACCUUGUCAUGAGAGAAGAGAUCAGGGAGAAGGAACUACAACAGUUGGAGGACGACAACAAGGACCUCAAGGACAAGUUGGACCUCGCUGAGAAAGACAGCAAACAACAGGCUGAACUCCAGUGGAAGGUGAGCCAGUUGGAGCAACAGAUGCACCAGAGGGACGCUGAAGUCUUGGAUCUCAUCAAGCAGAAGACGAGUCUCUCUGAGAAGCUUACUGAGACUAGAAAAAUGCUGUUGGACAAAAGAGAUGAACUCGUUGACUGCGAGGAAACCUGGGAUCUCAAAUACAGGAGACAGAAUGUCAACUUCUAUAAGAUCCUGGAAGAGAAAAACCAGUUCUACAUGACCAAAAUCAAACAGUUGCUGGACGACAACGAGAACCUUGUGUACAAGUACAACAAAGACCUGGCGGAGAAUAGCCAGAGCUGGGCGUCCACAGUCAUAGAGAUGCAUCAUGAGAAGACGCUACUGGAGGAUAUCUGUCUGGACAUGAAGAAGAAAAUGAGAGGAUUCUUUUCUUGCAGCAGGACUGUGGAUCGAGAGACAAUGUUAACGAACAUGAAAAGCAAAAUGCUGAAGUCAAGGAUGGUAAAGGUAAAGGAGAAGCAGGAAGCUGGGGUGGAACAGGGAGCGCAGCAGGAUGAGAUGGAGGAAACAAAGGAGCCGGAGAAGAAGAAGAAGGGUUUUCUUAGCUGGAUGUUCAGAAAGAAAAUGAGUGACUGGGAAGGUCAGGUACAGGAGUUCAACUCAUGUUGGGCAACAGUAGAACGCUCUUACUCCACCGCUACUACAACCCCAACUCCCUCCACAUCUACCUCACCUUCCUCUCUCAACCCCAUCACCCUCUACGUCACCAUCCUUGAGCCACCCCCAACUUCCUCCUCAUCUACCUCAGGUUCCUCUCUCGACCUCCCUCUCAACCCCAUCGCCCAAUACUUCGCCCUCCUUAAUCCACCCCCAACUUCCUCCUCAUCUACCUCAUCUUCCUCUCCCUCCCUCCCUCUCACCCCCAUCGCCAUCAAGGUCUCCACCCUUCCUCUACCCCCAACUCCCUCCUCAUCUACCUCAUCUUCCUCUCCCUCCCUCCCUCUCACCCCCACCGCCCGCUACUUCUCCAUCCUUCCUCUACCCCCAACUCCCUCCUCAUCUACCUCACCUCCCUCUCUCGACCUCCCUCACACCCCCAUCACCCUCUACGUCUCCACCCUUCAUCCAAUCCCACCUCCCUCCUCAUCUACCUCAGGUGUACUAGUAUGA